GGCGUGGUGCUCGUACGUCACCACUCCGGCUCCGUUACGAUCGUAAUAUAAAAUCAGCUCGCAUUUUGUGUUUCAAAUUAAUCCGCAUCAAUUUUUUAUUGACGAUUCAUACGAAACUAUGUUUUUACGUGUCAAUAUUCAUGUGAUUGUUCGAUAGAAAGUGUGCGGCAACUUCGGUUAGUGAAAACUUUGUUUAUUCGUAGUUAAUUUUGUGUUGUUUCGUUUAACUGGAUUGUACACCGUUCGCAACUGCUAGCCUGAGGUAAUUAACAAGUUGGAAUCAGCGUCAAAAUCAGCUCUCGUUGGUGGUCAGUGGCCGAUUUCUGCUGUUCGUCGGUGAAAUGAGCGAAAGAUAACUCCGCAAAGCUGGCGUCCCUCUAGUCAACAUGGAUUCCGAGAGUCGGAGCGAGUCGGCGCUGAACAGCCCGACGGAGCCUGACGUGUCGCUGGCGGCCUCGCUCACCGACCCCCUUGAGGCCCACACGCUCGAUGAGGCACGGAGGACCAUCAGAGAUCUCAGAAUGAAGUACAGAGCUCAGGCGCAUCAGCUGCUGACGUGGCGUCGAGCUCACAGGACCCAGGAGGAACUAGUCACCAGGCUGCAGAGGGAGAAGGCGGAGCAGCUUAAAUCCCUGUCCAGCCAACUCCUCCUCUUCGAGUCUAGGCUGGUCCGCAAGCAAAAGGAGAUAACCAACAUGCUUGCUUUGCGAGAGUCCAUCAUCAUGAAGCAGCAAAAGGUUAUAGAGACUCUUCAGGCGAAGCUGUUGGACAACGGCAUAGACAUGUCCCAGAACAUUCCAGAUUUCAGAGACAUGCUUCAGGACACCCAUAUAACGGGUGACUUCGAUUCCCUGAACGACUCGGACUCCGCGGUUAUAAUGGAGGAUGUUGACUCCGAUUGUAAUCUCCCCCACGUGCCGAGGUUCCGCUCCCACAGCACCGACAGCGUCACCAUAGUGCGGUCCAUUUCCGACGCGAUAGACCCCAACCUCAAGUACACAGUCGUUAGGCGAUCGAACGGCUUCCUCCGGCGACCGGAAAUACUGGAGACAGUUUACAGCGUCGAGGAGGAGGCCGACGGAGAUUCCACUAAAGGGCUGAGCGCUCAGAACAGCACGGAGAAGGAGUUGAAGGACGCCAACAAAACGGACGAGCAAAAGUACAAGGAGACCAGCCUGCUCGCCCAAAGGCGUGACAACUUCCGAAUGCGAAGCGUGGUCCUAACCGCCGAAGUCAAGAGCAUAGACGGGGACAAGGACGCCAAGAAAUCGAGCGACCUCUGGUCCUACAGUUACGUGCCAAAAAGGAUGAUGGACGCCCCCGACUCCGACGAAGAGGUUACCUCCAACGCCGAAAGCGACGAAGGGGAUCCGGAAACGAAGUCCAACCAGGUGGUGACAUACAACCGGGUGAUGUCCAACCACAGGAACGUAACCAAGCCGAAAGACGUCAAGUACAAGAGGAUAAAUAAAGCGAAAUCGAAGAGUCUCGAAGAAUUGAGGGGGCGGUUAAAAAAUUGGAUGGACAAAGGGAAUAAACUGUCGGAUAUACCUUUGGAGCACGCCCAGAGCUACGCCUGAACUGUGAAAGAUACGAGUUAUUGUGUUCUGUAUACAGCUAUUAUACAGACUACUACUGUAUAAAUAUGGACUUUAGUCUGUUAAAUGCAUUUUAAAAGUCAUGCACUGUAGGAUAGUGUUGCUUCACACAAAAAAAUACAGGCGGUUCAGGUUUUUUCCUGUCAUAUUUUAUGUCAACAAAAGAACUUUAAUCUAAAGUAUAAACAAGACAAAAGAUUAGAUUUGUCUUUUGCGAUAAUUACUUAUACUUCAGUUUAUAGUAUAAGGAAAAACAGGGUAAGUCCAGAUAAUUUAAGUUAGCGCCAAAUGACACCUUUGUAACCCCUGACGAAAAUAGAGGGUUGUUUAAGUCUGACGUGUCUGUGUGUGCAUCCAUUCAGCAUCGUAGCAUCCAGACGGAUGAGCUGAUUUUGAUUUAGUUUUUUUUGUUUAAUAGUCAUGUCAGCUUUUAGGAGAUUGUUAGCCAUAAUUCAGCAUCAUCAAGUCGCACUGGUGUAAAAUUUCAGUCUUUUUUUAAUUCCCUAAUUUAAACUUUAUCUGGACCUACCAUGUACUUAAACUUACCGUAAUUAAAACGUGUUAUCUAAUUAUAAAUAGUUAUCAACACUUUCUACCUUCUGAAUGUGAUUAAAGAAUAUUGUCUCUAUAAUAUUAGCUUAAUUUCUGCCAAAUCCCUAUUUUGUGAUACCUUUCAAACCACAUUUAAGCCCCAAUAAUAUUUUAAUACAGUUUUAUCCCACUGAAAUAAGAAUUUAUUUUUGGUCUUCAUAUACAGAGUGAUAUUGUAACUUUCUUGAAUUGUAAGUAAUAUUCCUAAUUCUAAUAUAAUAAGCUAUUCUUGAUACUGAAGUAUACUCGACAGGUGACUGUAUUGAAUAUUUAAUGUUGAAACUCAAUUGUCAGUCAAUAUGUAGAUUAUAAAGUAAAUUGGUGUUCUUCAGUACAUUUUGCAGCCAUUUAGUAAAAUAAGUCUGACAAUUUGACACUUGGUUUAGGCCGUUCAUUGAACGCAUUAUUUUAUAUAAUUUGUUUUGGAAAUAUAAUGCUACUACACGGUUGUUAACGAAAAUAAAAAAAAGUGUUGGUAAAUGGUGUUUUUUACGUUAUGUGUAUAUGUGAUGUUUUAAAAUUGAUGAACUGCCUAAGCGUCCAAUUAGAUGACUUAUUUAACUACAUAGAUGGCUACAGCAAAUAAUUUACAAUUGCAUGUACUUACAGCUUUUGAUGUGAUCAUAUCAUAAAUAAGGUGUGUGGAUGAUUAAAAAAAUGUUUGUAAAUUAGCACAACAUAAAAACAGCCAAAUAAUAAUAUAUUAUGUAUAGUUAGGGUCUAAACUAGACCCUUCGUCAUUUAAGUGGUCCAUAAAGACCCCAAUUACUAGUUAAGCUUCAUUAAAUUGUUGUUUAUUACCACUAAAAUGUCUAUUGUCUACUAAGCUUCAACCAAAAUAUUAGGACGAUGUAUUUUUGGAAAAUGUUCUAUGUUGUAUAAAAUUGUAAAAAAAACUCUUAAAUUGUAUAAAAAUAGUGUUGUGCAUGUAACAUAUCGAUAAAAUAAAUAAAAAGAUAUUAUAGGAUAGCGUUGUGUUGUGAUUAAUGGUGAGUUAUCAUUGCAACGUGGCGAGGCGACGCGAUACCUUUUUAAACGAGCCGUUCGAAUUUUAAUUCAAUGUGUAUCUUCUUGUGUAGUAAAUAAAGUUCAGGUUUUAAUGGGUUAUUUAAAAAUGCAUCGCCUCUAAUUUAUAACAACUCGCUACGUUGCAUCGUAAACUGACACUAACAAGUGAUUAUUUUGGGCAAUUUUAGCUAAAGGCAAUUAUUGCUUACUUGCGCCGUUGCCAGUCAUAUAAAGCAGAAUUCUAAAGUAGAUAGUGAAGCCACCUUUUGGUGGUCGAAUAAAAGGCUUAAAUAGAGCUAAUAGAAGACGCUUCAAACCCUAUGCAUCUAUUUUUCGUAAUCACAUAAAAGCACAAAAAAAUUGUAAAUAUUACAUAGAUAGUGCACAUAUUUUAAUUUUA